AUGAGCAUUUUCAGGUUUGAACCGCGUGAUGCCCUGCAGGAUGGAAAAGUCAGUGCUCGUGAGAUCAAGAAGAAGGUUGGGGUCAUAGUGGAAGAGUACUUUGCCACGGAUGACGUCUCGUCGACAGCGAGCGAGCUACAAGAUCUCUGCUGCCCGAGCUUCCAUUUCUAUUUUGUGAAGAAGCUGGUGUCCACGGCCAUGGACAGGCACGAGAAGGAGAAAGAGAUGGCGGCGGUCCUGCUGUCCAUCUUCUAUGCGGCUGUGAUCGACCCUCCUCAGGUUUACAAGGGCUUCACCGAGCUCGUCGAAUCCUGCGACGAUCUUCAUGUGGACAUUCCAGACGUGGUGGACGUCCUCGCGCUCUUCAUAGCUCGUGCCGUCGUGGACGACAUCCUCCCGCCGGCGUUCUUGACGAAGCAAGUCGCCUUCUUGCCGGAGAAUUCCAAGGGGGUGGAGGCCCUCAAGAGAGCAGAGAAGAGCUACCUCUCCGCCCCCCUUCACGCAGAGAUCGUCCUGAGAAGAUGGGGCGGAAGCCGGAGCACCACCGUGGAAGACAUGAAGAACCGGAUCGGCGAUCUGCUGGCGGAGUAUCUGGUCACCGGCGAUAGGGUGGAGGCUUGCAGGUGUAUUAAGGACCUCAAAGUCCCGUUCUUCCACCACGAGAUCGUCAAACGCGCGCUGAUACUCGCCAUGGAGCGGAGAGAAGCGGAGGGUUUGAUUCUGGAGCUGCUGAAGGCCUCUACUGCAGAAGGGUUGAUCAAUUCGAGCCAGAUCUCGAAGGGGUUCAACCGGAUCAUCGAGGCCGUGGACGAUCUGUGCCUGGAUAUUCCGAGUGCCAGGGAGCUGUUGCAGGGGUUGAUCUCCAAGGCGGCCUCGGAGGGUUGGCUGUGCAGGUCCUCUCUGGUGCCGCUUCCUCUUCUGCCGGAGAAGCCGCUGGAGGACGACGCCACUAGGGUUUUCAAGACCAGGGCCGCAGGCAUCAUCCAGGAGUAUUUCUUGACGGGGGACAUCCUCGAGGUGAUCGGCAGUAGAGAACUGGGGAAUCAUUUCUCCCCGUCCUCCGCGCAGUUGAACGCCAUUUUUGUGAAGAAGCUGGUGACCAUGGCGAUGGACAGGAAGAACAGGGAGAAGGAGAUGGCGUCCUUGCUUUUGACCUCGCUGCCUUUCCCGGCGGAGGACAUCCUUGGGGGGUUCCUCCUACUGGUGGGGGACGCAGAGGAUGCUGCCCUGGAUGUUCCGGCGAUCGUCGAGGACCUGGGGAUGUUCUUGGCGAGGGCGGUGGUUGACGAGGUGCUCGCUCCCCUCCAUCUGGAGGAGAUCGCGAGUCAGUGUGGCGGUGACUCCGCCGGCGGCAGAGCGCUGAAGAUGACCCGGUCCUUGCUGUCCGCAAAGCUUGCCGGCGAGAGGAUCCUGCGGUGCUGGGGCGGCGGCGGGAGCAGCAGAACGGGCUGGGAGAUCGAGGACGUGAAGGAGAAGAUCGGGAGGCUGCUUGAGGAGUACGACUCCGGCGGCGAUCUCCACGAGGCCUGCCACUGCAUAAAGGAGCUGGGUAUGCCCUUCUUCCAUCACGAGGUGGUCAAGAAGGCCCUGGUGGCUCUCAUGGAGAGAAAGAACAGCCGCCGGCUCUGGGACCUCCUGGUGCAGUGCUUCUCCGUGGGGUUGAUCACCACGGACCAGAUGGCGAAGGGCUUUAAUAGGGUGGCGGACUGCAUCGACGAUCUGGCCCUGGACCUCCCAAGCGUAGAGAAGCAGUUUGCCCUGUACGUGGACAUGGCCAGGCACGAGGGUUGGUUGGACUCGUCCUUCUCUUUCUCCUCUACCUCUGGAAGUGGGGACUGCAUCCUGAGGUAG